UCUCACACACUGAAACUUCAGGCUUAGAUCCGCAGCAGCAGCUCAGCAGUUUGAUACUUUUCAUCUGAAAAUGUUCUGUUUCAUGACCUUCUGUGAAGUUGUGUUCCUGCACACGGUUCUGAUUCAUUGCAGUGGAAACUACACAGUGAUCCAGUUUUCAGUCCCGAAGGAUCACCACAUCUGUCUGCAGUGUGGUGGAUCUGACAGCUCUGAUGUAAUCUGGACUCAUCAGGACCGGAAGGUUCUGGUGUCCCGACAGGGCCGCUACGAGACCAACAAGGACCACCAACGCUACCAGCUGGUUUCUGACGGUGGCCUCUGCCUCCUGCGGCUCGACGACUCUGACGGCGGGAAGUUUGAAUGUAACCAGCAGCUGGUGGCCGAGCUGCAGCUGCUAACAGGCCAGGACUUCAGGGUGUCUGCAGGUCGUACGCUGCUUCUUCCCUGCAGCAAUUCCUCCAAAGUAAAAAAGAAGUGGUUCCACCGGAGGGGAGGAGGGAGGUGGGAGGCCAUCCUCACCCAGUUCAGAAACGGUACAGUGAAACCAAAGAGGAGCCGGCUCAGCCUCGGGAACGAUGCCCUGCAGAUCCAAGACCUGCAGCCAGAGGACACUGGAGAGUAUCUGUGUAACGGAGUUCCGCAGGCCAGACUCACCAUCCUGACAGUGCAGCCAGAGACGACCAGCUUCCACCCAACCACCAGUACAACUGCAACAGCUGCCGUCAUGGACACAGAUGAAGUGGACAUAAAGAAGAGACCUGAGAAUGUCCUGCUGAUGCUUGCUGUUGUCGGCUUUGGGUUGAUGAUCCUCCUCAUGGCCGUCGUCUGUGUUUUACUGACCAUCAUGAAGUGCAGGAGGAAUAAGAAACACAGAUGUGCAGCACAGAUGCAGGAAGACACGGAGCUGCAGCCGUGGAAGAAGUCCAACACACAAACUGAGUGUGAGGUUUACGAGAGUCCGUCUCUGGCGGAGGAGACUAUCCAUUAUGCCUCUCUGGGCCGCCAGAACUGGAGGGAGAGACCCAGCAGGACUCCACCGGACCAGAGCGACCACAACGUCAUCUACUCUUCUGUCAUCACCGGACCGGCUGCCAAACAGAAACGACCUCUGCUGCAUCCUGCCCUCUAACAUAUCUAGGGCAACGAAAUGUUAUAUAUGAAACCUUAUUCUUAACCAUACAUAUGCAUGUGAUUAACACUGAUUUACAUAUUGUGUAUUGUUAUUUUUUUCACUUAACUUUAUUGUUAACAACACUUAAGAACUACAUUCAUAACGCAUAUAUUUCAAGGAAUUGUUUAACAUUUUGAGAAUUAGGCGUACUCGUUUUCUUGUGAGGGAGAAGAUUGAUACCAAAACCACAAUUGUCAUUUUGGCACUUUUUGUACGAGGUGCUUGUCGGCGGAUUUUGGUACUUUUUGAUUUUGGACGGAGCCAAGCAGGUUUCUCCUUGUUUGCAGUGUUUAUGCUAAGCUGAACUAACCGGCUGCUAGCUUCUAUUAUAAUGGUUAUCUUUUUGUAGGCUUAAGUUCACUACUAGAACGUUUUACUGACAAACAAACGUUUCAAACUUACAAGAAUUUUCUUCAGCUCUUAAAAAAAAAAAAGGUUUGAUAAACACCAUUUUUAAAUUUGACUGUUUGAAUUUGAGUUAUUAUUAGUAAUUCACUGAUCUCACUGUAGUUUUCAGUAUUUUAUUUCAUUUUGUAAAAGAUUAUUUGCAAUGAAAACGAUUGCUUGAUUUUCCUGAGAAAUUUGGAGAUUGUUCAAAUUUAUUCAACUGUUUUAGCACCAAAACAACUUUAUCAAAUCAGUGCGUAAAAAGUGUCUUUCACUCUUCUUUGUUCCUCUUGAAUCUGAAAAUAUGAGCCAGAAGGUAGUAUUGCACAAGUCAUUAUCAGUAAUAACCCUGAUCAAAUGUUUUUAAUUUAAUGUUCUACAUUUGUGUUCAGGACGUGUUUGUGUAUAACAAGCAUUUAAUAAAUGACGGGUUUUAAGAAUUCAA